AUGGCAGAGAGCUUGUGCAUUAGCAUUAGCAUGCUUGAUCAAGUUUACGACAGGAGCGUAACAAUCCUCGGUUACAUAGUCCAGUACAAAGUUUUCAAAGUAAAGCACGAAGAUUCUGAUGUCGAUGAUGACGACGACGACGACGAUAAUGAUGAUGGUGGUGGAGGCAACAACAACAAUCAUAACAACUACAACAAUAGGAAAAGGAAGAAAAAUAAAAAUGCCAACUCUGAAAAUUCCAGCGAAGACGAUGACGACAGCUACAAUGAAGUUAAUAUUAAAAAUCCUGCCGUGAAGACGCUGUCCAUCAAGAACCUGGAGGCCAACACGGCAUACAGUGCCAGGAUCCUCUGCUACAACAAGGAGGGCAGAAGUGGAUUCAGCAACACUGUGGUCUCGAGGACUAUGGAUAAAUCCGAAUAUCUGAUGAACGAUUCAAACAAUGGUGAUGGUUACCAAAAACAUGGCGAGUAUGAUGAUGAUGAUGAUGACAACGAUGAUGAUUACAGAGAUGAUGAUGAAGAUGAAUACGAUGAAGGUGCUUACGAUGAUGAGGAUGAGAAUGAUGAUGAUGAUGAUUAUGACAACGGUUAUGAUAAUCGUAGUAGUGCAAAGACAGAUAAUCGCGGUAAUAACAACGGCAAAAAUAAUAAAACUAAUAAAAAUAACCAGAUGGGUAGAGUCACUUUAAAUGAGCAAACUUUUAAAAAAUAUCCAGUCGUAACCAGAAACAAACCUGUAAAUAACCACAACAACAACAACAACAACAAUAAUAAUAAUAUCAACAAAAAUAGCAAUGUUAAGCCAAGAACCAGCAACCAAAACAAUGUAAAUAAUGGUAAUAAUAAUAAUAAUAAAAGUGCCAGCAAAAAAAGCAAACAGAAAAAUCAGCACAGAAACACUCCGAGAUCCGAGCCAUCCAUCCAGCAACAACAACAGCAACAACAAAAACAACAACAGCAAAUAAACAACAACACAACUGAUACAACAAAUAAUGAUGAGGCUAGUGGUGAUGGAGAUUUUGACAUGACAAAGAACGAAAGAAUGUUGCUAAUUAUUCUUUGCUGCGUUCUCUCUUUCUUUCUACUCGUUCUCUCCAUCAUGUUCAUCAUCUGCUUCAGAAAACAAUUCUACUUUCAUUUUGGGUUUGUUUAA